GGGAGCUGGAACGCAGCGGUUUGCUGGGCCAAUCGCCGGUUCCCGUCAAGACGCAGAUGCAGGCGCAGGCCGGGGUGCUGCUCUUUCUGGUUCCCUUUUUUCCCUCUUUUCUUUUCUUUUGCUUCUCUUGGCCCCGUUGCCAUGCAUGCAGCGAGGAACUGCCUGGUCGACGAAGGGCAUUGAAGCCAGCGAUCGUCCGGCCCGCCAGGCCAAACGUGCUGGAAGCCCUAGAGGCCCUAGAGGCCGCAGGCUGGGGUGCCGGUGCGGCGAUGCCUGGAGCGUCGCGGGCUGCAGUGCUAGCAGUGGCCCUAGCUGCCAAGGUCAGGUUCUAGCCCGGCUACAGGCGCUGCUCCAGGGCACCGCGGUCGUGCUAGCAGCGACGCCAGCUUUAGCGGCCGCCCAAAUGCUACACCCACCUGGCCAGGGUCUUAGGGCCGUCGACGGCCUUAAAACCACGGUCGUCGGUCUUGAUUGUCGGCAUGUCACUGCGAGAGCGUUUUACAGUAGUCAGGGUGACACGGGCGCAGGGCGGACAGGGAGGGCCAGGCAAUGGAUGCUGGGCUGCUAUACUCACCUCUCCAGUCUAUACCGGUAUUGUACUGACUUUGCCGGGCUGGUCACAUCGAUCCAGUUCAGUUCACUAUCGCGGUCGGCUUGUACAGGUACGAGUCCCGCGUGCCCGGCACAGACACAGGCACAGGCAGGUACCAGACCGAUAUUGACGUCGGUACAGGUACGAGUACCAGACCGUGUGGAGGGACAGAUAGGAUAUUGGCUCCAGUUGAUGCAUUUUGACACAACCAACAACGAACCCACUCAGCUCCGGCCCUUGUCGGGUACCUAGCACUGACAUCUAGCACCGGCCGAGACCUUAAUCCUC